CAGAUUUUGCGAGCUUAAAUUCAGCCCAAUAGAAGCUUUAUAACAUACAACUGGCAAACAUCCGUUGUAACCAUCUAAAGUCACAACGCGAUGGAUAGAACCGCCCAGAUCACUAAUGAACAGCGGCGCAAGCUGACUCUCUGUUUCGGCUGGGAAACCACUAUCUUGGCAGCCAAUAUAAUUUUCGCCUUUCUUGCCGUGAGUGGACAGGUUACACAGAAUGUGUCCCUGCCCCUGUGGAUUGACGCUGCCACAGGUGGGACGUCCAAUACGACGUCUAACGGCACGUCACCGGGUCACAUCGUCCCGUACUUUGUCUUCUCCUUCGCCAGCUUCUCGUUUGUCGUCAUCUUUGGCGUGUGCCUGGCGGUAGCUUUUUACCUGGGCCAUAUCACAGAGACGGACCUGAAGUUCCCCCACAUCCUGCUGUUCCUAGUGGGGAUGUUUGACGCCUUGAACGGAGUCCUGGUAGUGAACGCCUCCAGCGGGUCCAGAACGGCUCCGUACCUGCAGGCCAUCCUGGGGAACUUCACCAUCCCCAUCACAAUGUUGCUGAGACUCCUCAUUCUGAAGAAGAAGCCGACCCAGCGGAAGUUCAUCUGUUCCAUACUGGUCCUGCUGUCCCUCUUCAUCUGUCUGCUGCCCAAGAUAAUCCCAGCUCUAGGCGCUGACACAGCACCGGGCGCAAAGGGUGCUGCCGGUGUGCUGUGGCCGCUCUGUUUCAUGAUUGGAUUCGUGCCUGCGGCAGCGAUGAACGUGAUCGAAGAGAAGGUGAUGAAGAUGACGAAGGGAGCACGCCGGGACCAGAUCAGCCUCAUUUGGUUCCUCUUCUGGGAGUCCGUGUACCAGUUCCUGUGCGCAGCCGCGCUGUUCUGGACUGACAUCAUCCCCAGUUUCGGUAACAGCGCUGACAUACACGACUUCGGGGAAAACGUCGCUUUUGGCUUUCUGUGUUUCUUCGGCGGACGGGGCUGCUCGAGCGAACCCGGCACCAGAGGAACCGUCUUCAUCCUGGGGUACGCUGUCAGCUACUUCGGCGGGGGGCUGUUACUGCGGCACGCUGAGGGAGCGACGCUGCUCGCCUUGGUCACGUCCCUUGUGACGCCGCUAGGAUUCCUGUUCUGGACCCUGUUUGAAGAAGACCCGUUCCAGUUCCAUGUCAACACUGGGAACGCCACGUGGUUCUCCCUGGGAGCCCUGGUCCUCAUGGUUCCCGCUAUCUACUUCUACAACACAGGAAAACACAACGUGGGGAAACAGUGA